AUGAAAGGAGGUCAAACCGAGAAGAAAUUAAAUAUCGAGCAAGAGGACAAUCCAUUUCUUCGAAGCGAUGUAAGCAUCUCCAAAUUCACACGAAAACCUGGUGUAUCAGGUGGCGCAUCACAAUCCAAGCCGAAAUCUGUUAAACUUCAAAGCAAGAUAUCAUUAUUGCAAAAAGAUGGUAAAAAUGAAAUAAAAUUGGAUCGAACGCCGCCUUCGUCCAGGAAAGCUCCAACCUCACCGACUCAGAGAUCCCAGUCACUGCAAGUCAAUCGAGUUGGCUAUCAGAGAUCGCAAUUGAGUCCUCAGCCAUCAAAACGUCAAAGAACGUCACAACGAAUCGUUACAUCACAAUCUCUAGCAAAGGAAGAAAGCCGGUUAUGGAAUCCAUUAGUAACAGGGGAAACUUCAAGACGUGUCAUCACUCGGAUCUCGAAAAAUAAACGCCAAAUAGAAAGUGACUGGAAGGAGUCUUCUCGUUUACAACUACGGCGGCAGAAAGAGGAUCAACGACGGCAAAAAGAAUUCAUUGAUGACUUUCGAAAGUAUUUGGAAACUAACAAAUCCAACAAAGUGGUGCUUUAUUGUACAUGUCCCGAGAAAAAAGCUGACAGAUUUCGGCGCUUUCUCAAGUCGAUAGAUCGUUUCUUCAAAAAGGCCGGUCGUUUCACAUGGAUUGCUUGUUGUCCACCAUUACCUUCAUAUCAAGUCAACAAGGCUGCUUUCUGGCCACCGGAACGCUUUUACAUCUUUUUUCGUGAUCCAAUGCAGCCCGGUUUGGUCGAUCCGUUGAAAGCUGAAAUGAUAAUUCGAAAAGCAAACAAAAACUGUCUUGGAAAUAAGUAUCGCAUAGCUCCCGAUCAUGCUUGUUGCAAGGAAAAAUUGAACGUCGAGGGGUUCAUCGUGGAGACAGUAUACGAAAAUCAUCUUGGUUGUGCAAUGGUCCACAUGCAUUCAUCAGCAUCUAGUCGCUGUCCACUCACCAUUUUGUAUGCUCAUUCGAACGGGGAGGAUUUGUACGAUAUUCUCUACUCGGCUCCCGAUCUUCUUGAUAUGGCAGCAUAUUUUGAAUGCGAUGUGGUGACGUUUGAUUACAGCGGUUAUGGGAUCAGCUCUGGCCGAGCAGACGAAGAUCAUUUAUACACGGAUGUGGAGGCUGUGUACCUGCAUGUAAUCGAGAAGCUGAAAGUGCCGUCGGAUCGAAUAAUUCUCCUUGGCUACAGUAUUGGCACUGCAGCGAUCGUACAUUUGGCAAGAAAAUGUGGAGAAAAAUAUCCGCCAGCGGGUGUCGUGUUGCUAGCGCCAAUGUGUACGGUAUUCAGUGUUGUGUGUGGAUGUUGCUCUCCGAAAUGUGAGCACGCAAUCCGCGCCGACCGAUACAACAAUUUCGCCAAGAUUUCGUCAAUAACUGCUCCAGUGUUGAUCAUUCAUGGUGAGAAAGACACCGUCGUUCCCGUUGGACACGGCAGAAAGCUUCAUCGAAAGAUUGCUGAAAAUAGUCAACGUCCAGGAGUGGAGCCGUUGUGGAUUCCCGAUGGAAAGCAUAAUCAACUAACCAAUCACUUUCCACUCUGGGAGCGAGUCAAAAUAUUUCUCAAAAGGGAGAUCAUCCAACCGAAAUCAAGAAUCACUCCGAAAACCUCAUUGACACAGCCAUUGUCUUCUGUGAAGACCGAACAAACGAAACCACGU